AUGUUGUUAUUUAAAAAUGCAGCGCAAAGCGAAUCGAUAGCGAAGAAAUUAAGAAAAGCAAUCAUUAUCAUGAGUCCCACAAUCCCAAAUUCAAAAAAUUUCAUGGAUGAGAUUUUCAAUAACAACGAAGACGCCUUUUACAUUUACGAGCCUCUUUACCAGUACUCCAGAUCUGGAUUCUCGAAAAGCACCCAAAAAUUGCGCAAAGAACUUUUAGUCCACAAUCUCAACUGCAAUUUCAUCGAUCACUACGACCAAUCACUCACAUUCGACCGAUUCGAUGAUGACUUAAAUAUGCAUGGAACAAUCGAAAGCAGAGGAAACUUUGUUUUUCGAAACAAACAUCGACGACUCUGCUUAGAGUUGCAAAUAUUCUACAAACAUUGUCAACAGGGACAAUCCUUAUUGACGCUUGAACGCAUGUAA